CCUCUAACUGGCCGCUGCCAAUGUCCCGUGGAUCCCAUCAUCUACAACAUCACGUCAAAGCCGCACUCGCUCAAUGUGUGUUACUGCCACGAAUGCCAGCGCCAGACGGGUUCCGCGUUUGCAUUGACUCUCGUUGUCCCGUCUGCAGGCGUCAACAUGGAGAGUCCUACGAUGCUCCACCAACUUCGGAAAUUUGAGCGCAAAACAGAAUCGGGUGGAAUCCGAGGAGGCGUCUUCUGUUCCAACUGUGGUGUUCGACUCUGGCAUUUCGAUCCAUCAAAACCCGAGUGGACAAGUAUCAAGGCCGGAACGCUGGAUAAGAAAGUGGACUUUGGAGCUGCACAGCAUAUCUGGACAAAGAGAAUGCUG